GGUGUGCUUCGAGGCUUCGAGGUGUGGCUGGCUUAGGCUUUGGGCUUAGGGGGGGUUGCGCAAAGUUGUUGUAGGGGAGUAGAGUGAGAGCUGGUGGUCACGAUGGCCACGGCUCUUGGGCGGCAGCUGGCGCGGCUGACGGCGCCCCAGACUGCUCUUGUCAUUCAUAAAAAAGCGCGGCCUUCGCUGCUAUUCGACAAACGCGAGGCAGCGCUUCUCGACAGGGAAACUAUCUUCUCGAUCGGUGUCGAUGGCUUUGAAGACCUCGUGAAUUUAAACCCAGAUUUCAUUAAGUUCCAAGACACUUUGUUCUCGGAAAAUGCCAAGACCAUGGAGCGCGCCAUACAGACUCAAGAUGUCAACGAUAAACUGGAUCAAGUGAUUGAUGAAUUUCUGUGCCUUCUCUGUCCUUAUUUUCUGCUGAAACCAGCCCAAAAGGCCAUGGAGUGGCUCAUUUACAGAUUCCACAUUCAAGAAUUCAACGUGAAUGCUCUGCUCCGCUGCAUCUUUCCGUACCACGACACAAACAUCUUCGCGCGAGCGGUGCAGCUACUUCAAAUACAAGACGAGACCGACAGAUGGCACUGGCUGCAGCCGCUCCAGGACCCCGGCGUGCCUCUCAGCAAAGGGGCGCUCUCGGCGCGCUGUGCCGACAACCCGGCCUUUAUGAAGUUCCUCUGUGUCAUGAAUAAGAAGCUAGUGCAGGUGCACGGUGGCCGCUCCGGCGCACUGGAGGCGCCCGUGGCGCUGUUCGCCGGCGUCCUGUGCUUGGCGCUGCAGCGCACCGAAACUGUCACCGAACGUCAGGUGGCGCUGCUGGCGCCGCACGUGCUGCGCUGCGUGCGCAGUCCUCUGACGCAGCUGCGCGCCGCCGGCUACCUGUUGGCCGGCCAGCUGUCGCGGCGCGCCGGCCUGUCGGCAGAGCUGACCGCUCGGCUGCUCACGGCACUGGUCGAGGGCGUUGACGGGCCGCUGGCGGCCGAGGCCGUGGCUGCGCUGGCCGUGGUGGUGCACACGCAGGCGGUUGCGCGGCUGCCGGCGGGUGCGCUGCAACUGCUGACCGCCAGCCCAGCGCCACUGACGGCCGCACUCGACCGGCUGCCAGGUGGCGUCUCGCUGCUGCCGCUGGUCAGCUGCCUGCUGCGCACCUGUCUGUUGGAGGCAGCCGGUGGCGACUCGACGGCGGCUGCCAUGGCAACGGCCGUGGCCGCCUCUGCGCGGAUCGAGUCGACCAGCGAACAACAGCUACUCAUCAGGUGCGUGGCCAGCGUGGUCACCGAGAGGGCGGCCGAGGCGGAGUGGGCGCCCCUGCUGGCGGCCGGCGCGCCCCUGCUGGCCGCCCUGGAGCGCCAGUACCCGGCACCGUUCACAGCCGCGCUGGCCUCCCUGCCGGGCGGCGCCCGGCCUGCCAGCGCCCUACGCGCCGCCCUGCGCGGCCGCCACGCCGUCAGCACAGUGGACUGCGCACUGGUAGUGGAGCUCAGCCACCCGGACGAGUCGACACGGCGCCAGGCGGCGCGCCGGCUGCUGGCGCUACUGCGCGCCGGAACGGUGACCGGGGAGGUGGCGCGCGGCGCGCUGGCCGCCGCGCUGGCCGGCCGCUCGGAGCGCCUGGUGCGACAGGCGCUGCGCGUGCCCAUCCAGCGGUGGCUGGAGCUGGUCGGCGCCGAACCGCUGACGGAGCUGCUGGCUGACGGUCUGGACGGCGGCGCCUCGGACGAGGUGGGGUGGCUGUGCGCCCGCGGCCUGGCUGAGCUGUUUGGCCUGCAGCGGCGGCGUGCGGCCGGUACGGCGCCGCCGGCCGCUCUGCUCACCGCCCUCCUGCCGACCGCAUGGACGGAGGCCACCGCCCACCACCUGGCCGCCCUGCUGCCGCACAUACUGCCACCAGAGGCGGCGGCCGCGCUGGCCGAGGCGGCGGCCGUCUCGCACUGGGAGUACACGGCGGCGGCGCUGCGGUGA